AUGUUGGAGACGUACCAGUCGCCCGAGCGUCCCAACUCCCCCGUGCCGGUGUCCUCCGGCAGCAGCGACGACGAGGAGGACUCGGAGGAGACCGAGGACGACGACCUGAAGGAGGUGUCUCCCUCAUUGCAGAGCGAGCUCCUCUGCAACCUCGCGGACGAUGAUGACACCGACGAGCCCUCGGCCGUGGACUCCCCACGCUCCACCAGGGUCCUCACGAGGCCAGGAUCCACUCCCCGGACUCCGCGAGGGUUGGGCCUACCCGCCACCGGGGCAGACGCGGCCCUGCCGGUCAUGGUCCCUCAGAGCGACAUCUUGGCCCCUCAUGGUGCCAGCGCCACAUCGGGGCCGGCCGAAGAGCACCCCGCCAGCACCCCAGCCUUCUUCCACCUCACGCCACCGGACAGAUCCCCGCCGCCGGACACGUCCAGCCUCCACCUCACCCCGGUGAAUCGCGCACUGACACGUCAUCUCCUCCGCGCCCCACUUCCCCGCACCCGCCGCGGCCCGCUGGGCCCAAGGCCGGCCCCCACGGCCCGGAACCGGGCUGAGCCUGCCCCGUCGCCGCCUGGCGCGUCCCCGCCACCCGGGAGCCCGCCGCCCGUCCGCGCCCCGCCGCCGUGCGCCGCGCCUCCUUGCGGGCGUGGCCCCGCCGCCGCCUUGCAUCUCCGCCGUCCCGCGCCGCCAGCCGUGGGCGCGCGCCGUGGCCGGCCCGCCCCUCGCCCUGCUUGCCGCCCCACGCCGGAGCUCUCACCGGAGGAGCCCCGCGCCGUCCCCGACCUCCUCCACCGUCCUGCGCCCCUCGCCGGCCUCCCCCUCGCCGGAGAGCUCGCCGGAGCUCUCGGCGGCGCCGGAUCCGGGAAGAUGGAUGAGAUCCACCCAUCCCCGCAUCCAAACGCUCCUGCACCGCCCCGAUUCCCUCCAUCCCGCACGGCUCCAUCCAGUUUUCUGCGAGGGAUGCUUAUCUUGUUAUAUUGUGAUCUAUGUGGUGACUAG